CAUGUUGUCGAUGCGUCUGUCAACCAAACAUGGCGUCUGCUUCGGUAGGUGCAUGAGAGAAAUCGUGCCUUAACAUUGCGUGUUCUCGUACUAAUGCCUAAUGUGCUUCGAUCGUAGUAUCUAAUUCUAUAUUUAUGCUUAGAACGAGAUAUAUAAAGAGAGAUUUCUUAAUCAAGGAAGCUGAAAUAUCUCGUUAGACUAGCUCGUUGGAAGAACGUUACUGACAUUCCUUAGAGAAUUACCGUACCCUUACUGAUGGAUGACGAUACUAUAGCCUUCGGGGAGGAGGAUGAUGCUGUUCAUAAUGAUAAACUCAAGCAUCCAUACGUCACCAUAUUCCAUCUUGCAUUUAGAAUAUCAGCUAUAAUAGUUUAUAUGAUGUGUCAAUUAUUUUCAAAUAGUUUUAUUGCAAGUUUCGUCGUUGUCGUAUUACUUUUGUCCAUGGACUUUUGGACCGUUAAAAAUAUAACCGGAAGACUGAUGGUUGGACUUAGAUGGUGGAAUUAUAUUGAUGACAAUGGAAAGAGUAAUUGGGUAUUUGAAUCUAAAAAGGGUCCCCAACAGAACCGUAUUAACAUAGCAGAGGCACGUAUCUUCUGGUUGGCAUUGAUACUGUGCCCACUUUUGUGGUCAGUAUUAUUUGUUACAGCAUUGUUUCGUUUAAAUUUUCAAUGGCUAUUACUCGUAUGUAUUGCAAUCAUUUUAAACGGAGCUAAUCUUUAUGGAUAUGUGAAAUGUAAAAUGGGAAGUAACCAGUAUAUCUCAACAGCUACCAGUGAUUUCUUUAAGAAACAAAUCAUACAAAAUGUUGCAUCUAUGAUGACGAGAAGCCCACCAACAAAUAAUCCAAAUCAACAGACUAAUGUAAUAUAAGAUACUUUUUGUAAGUAUGAUGAUGUAUAUGAUAAUUAAUAAUUCCGUAAAUGUGUAUUGGAUGAAUGAUGAUAUAUGCUUGUACAUAAUAAUAUUAGGUAUUAAAAUUUAAGUGCUAUGUAAUAAAAUUAUUAUUUCACAAUGAA